GAAACAAACAGCAGAUGCACCGGUGUGUAGAUGGAGGAAUGUUAGCGCGGAGAACGGCUAUCCCACUGUGACCGCGUCGUGUUACGGCUUUAAUCAAAGGAACUGAACUACAGCACCCGAGAGAAUGAAGUUCACAUGUGACCAGUGUGGAAAGAUGUGGCCAUCUGCUUCCAAACUCAAAGUUCACUACAGAACUCACACAGGAGAGAAGCCAUUUAAAUGUGGCCUGUGUGGGAUGGAAUUUCAGCAGUCUGGUAGCCUGGAUCGACACAUGAGAAUCCACACAGGAGAAAGGCCAUACAGCUGUGACCAGUGUGGGAAGGAAUUUAAAGACUCGGGUACACUCAAAGUACAUAUGAGAAUCCACACGGGAGAAAGGCCAUACAGCUGUGACCAGUGUGGCAAGGAGUUUAAACAGGCUGGUCACCUGGAUCGACACAUGAGAAUCGACACGGGAGAAAGGCCAUACAGCUGUGACCAGUGUGGGAAGGAAUUUAAAAAGUCUUGUGCACUUAAAGCACAUAUGAGAAUCCACACAGAAGAAAAGCCAUACAGCUGUGACCAGUGUGGGAAGGAAUUUAAAGACUCGGGUACACUCAAAGUACAUAUGAGAAUCCACACGGGAGAUAGGCCAUACAACUGUGACCAGUGUGGGAAGGCAUUUAAAGACUCGGGUACACUCAAAGUACAUAUGAGAAUCCACACAGGAGAAAGACCGUACAGCUGUGACCAGUGUGGGAAGGAAUUGAAAGACUCGGGUGCACUCAAAGUACAUAUGAGAAUCCACACAGGAGAAAGGCCAUACAGCUGUGACCAGUGUGGGAAGGCGUUUAAAGACUCGGGUGCACUCAAAGUACAUAUGAGAAUCCACACAGGAGAAAGACCACACGGCUGUGACCAGUGUGGGAAUGAAUUUAAAAAGUCUAGUGCACUCAAAGUACAUAUGAGAAUCCACACAGGAGAAAGGCCAUACAGCUGUGACCAGUGUGGGAAUGAAUUUAAAGACUCGAGUACACUCAAACUACAUAUGAGAAUUCACACGGGAGAAAGGCCAUACACAUGUGACCAGUGUGCCAAAGCGUUCUCUUCUUCAUCCAGUCUGAAUAGACACAUGAGAAUUCACAAGUGUUUUAGACUGUAUGAGUGUGGUCAGUGUGAAAAGGCUUUUAAAACAUCGCAGCAACGCUCCAGUCACUACCGAACACACACAGGAGACAAACCAUACGACUGUGAAGAGAGUGGGAAGAUGUGGCCAUCUGCUUCCAAACUCAAAGUUCACUACAGAACUCACACAGGAGAGAAGCCAUUUAAAUGUGACCUGUGUGGGAAGGAAUUUAAACAGGCUUGUGCACUCAAAGUACAUAUGAGAAUCCACACAGGAGAAAGACCGUACAGCUGUGACCAGUGUGGGAAUGAAUUUAAACAGUCUAGUGCACUCAAAGUACAUAUGAGAAUCCACACAGGAGAAAGACCACACGGCUGUGACCAGUGUGGGAAUGAAUUUAAACAGUCUAGUGCACUCAAAGUACAUAUGAGAAUUCACACGGGAGAAAGGCCAUACAGCUGUGACCAGUGCGGGAAGCAAUUUAAAUAUUCUAAUGUCCUCCAUCAACAUAUGAGAAUCCACACAGGAGAAAGGCCAUACAGCUGUGACCAGUGUGGGAAUGAAUUUAAAGGCUCGAGUACACUCAAACUACAUAUGAGAAUUCACACGGGAGAAAGGCCAUACACAUGUGACCAGUGUGACAAAGCGUUCUCUUCUUCAUCCAGUCUGAAUAGACACAUGAGAAUUCACAAGUGUUUUAGACUGUAUGAGUGUGGUCAGUGUGAAAAGGCUUUUAAAACAUCGCAGCAACGCUCCAGUCACUACCGAACACACACAGGAGACAAACCAUACGACUGUGAAGAGAGUGGGAAGGCUUUAAGAUCUGUGAGGAACCUUCACUACAGAACUCACACAGGAGAGAAGCCAUUUAAAUGUGGCCUGUGUGGGAAGGCAUUUAAAGACUCGGGUGCACUCAAAGUACAUAUGAGAAUCCACACGGGAGAAAGGCCAUACAGCUGUGACCAGUGUGGGAAGGCAUUUAAAGACUCGGGUACACUCAAAGUACAUAUGAGAAUCCACACUGGAGAAAGGCCAUACAGCUGUGACCAGUGUGGGAAUGAAUUUAAACAGUCUAGUGCACUCAAAGUACAUAUGAGAAUCCACACGGGAGAAAGGCCAUACAGCUGUGACCAGUGUGGGAAGGAAUUUAAAGACUCGGGUACACUCAAAGUACAUAUGAGAAUCCACACUGGAGAAAGGCCAUACAGCUGUGACCAGUGUGGAAAGAUGUUGCCAUCUGCUUCCAGACUCAAAGUUCACUACAGAACUCACACAGGAGAGAAGCAAUUUAAAUGUGGCCUGUGUGGGAAGGCAUUUAAAGACUCGGGUGCACUCAAAGUACAUAUGAGAAUCCACACGGGAGAAAGGCCAUACAGCUGUGACCAGUGUGGGAAGGCAUUUAAAGACUCGGGUACACUCAAAGUACAUAUGAGAAUCCACACUGGAGAAAGGCCAUACAGCUGUGACCAGUGUGGGAAUGAAUUUAAACAGUCUAGUGCACUCAAAGUACAUAUGAGAAUCCACACGGGAGAAAGGCCAUACAGCUGUGACCAGUGUGGGAAGGAAUUUAAAGACUCGGGUACACUCAAAGUACAUAUGAGAAUCCACACUGGAGAAAGGCCAUACAGCUGUGACCAGUGUGGAAAGAUGUUGCCAUCUGCUUCCAGACUCAAAGUUCACUACAGAACUCACACAGGAGAGAAACCGUACAGCUGUGACCAGUGUGGGAAGGAAUUUAAACAGGAUGGUACACUCAAAGCACAUAUGAGAAUCCACACAGGAGAAAGACCGUACAGCUGUGACCAGUGUGGGAAGGAGUUUAAACAGGCUGGUCACCUGGAUCGACACAUGAUAAUCCACACGGGAGAAAGGCCAUACAGCUGUGACCAGUGUGGGAAGGAAUUUAAAAAGUCUUGUGCACUUAAAGCACAUAUGAGAAUCCACACAGGAGAAAAGCCAUACAGCUGUGACCAGUGUGGGAAGGAAUUUAAAGACUCGGGUACACUCAAAGUACAUAUGAGAAUCCACACGGGAGAAAGGCCGUACAGCUGUGACCAGUGUGGGAAGGAAUUUAAAGACUUGGGUGCACUCAAAGUACAUAUGAGAAUCCACACUGGAGAAACGCCAUACAGCUGUGACCAGUGUGGGAAGGAAUUUAAACAGGAUGGUACACUCAAAGCACACAUGAGAAUCCACACAGGAGAAAGACCGUACAGCUUUGACCAGUGUGGGAAGGAAUUUAAACAGGAUGGUGCACUCAAAGCACAUAUGAGAAUCCACACAGGAGAAAGACCGUACAGCUGUGACCAGUGUGGGAAUGCAUUUAAAGACUUGUGUAAUCUCAAAAUACAUAUGAGAAUCCACACAGGAGAAAGACCGUACAGCUGUGACCAGUGUGGGAAUGAAUUCAACCGGGCUGGUACACUCAAAGCACAUAUGAUGAUUCACACGGGAGAAAGGCCAUAUGUAUUUGACCAGUGUGGGAAAGCAUUUAAAGACUCGUGUUCACUCAAAUCACAUAUGAGAAUCCACACAGGGGAGAAGCCAUUUGAAUGUGACCAGUGUGGUGAGGAAUUUAGAUAUUCUAGUGUCCUCCAUCAACAUAUGAGGAUUCACACGGGAGAAAAACCAUACGUAUGUGACCAGUGUGAGAAAGCUUUUAAAACAUCACAGCAACGCUGCAGUCACUACCGAACACACACAGGACACAAACCAUACGACUGUGAAGAGAGUGGGAAGGCUUUAAGAUCUGUGAGGAACCGUCUGAACCAAGUUUCCAGACUGAAGAGAAAAGCAGCAGCUGUGACCAGUGUGGGAGGACCUGCUCAUCUGAAAGUGCACUGUCUUGAACACACUAAAGGAGACAGAGCUGCUGAGGCUGGAUCAUGUGAGGCUAAAGUCAGACUCAAAAAGCUGGAGAUCAGGCUUCAGAGACUCCAGACUGUGGAGUCGACCUCUGUGAUCAUCCUGUAUCAUCAGGUAAAAUUUGUCAAAAACUGGGUUCCGCUCACAAUGGCCGACUUCCUGCAGUGUUUAGGAACUACAGCACCCGAGAGAAUGAAGUUCACAUGUGACCAGUGUGGAAAGAUGUGGCCAUCUGCUUCCAGUCUCAAAGUUCACUACAGAACUCACACAGGAGAGAAGCCAUUUAAAUGUGGCCUGUGUGGGAUGGAAUUUCAACAGUCUGGUAGCCUGGAUCGACACAUGAGAAUCCACACAGAAGAAAGGCCAUACAGCUGUGACCAGUGUGGGAAGGAAUUUAAAGACUCGGGUGCACUCAAAGUACAUAUGAGAAUCCACACGGGAGAAAGGCCAUACAGCUGUGACCAGUGUGGGAAUGAAUUUAAACAGGCUGGUGCACUCAAAGCACAUAUGAGAAUCCACACGGGAGAAAGGCCAUACAGCUGUGACCAGUGUGGGAAAGCAUUCAACCGCGGUGAUGCCCUCAAAGCACAUAUGAGAAUCCACACGGGAGAAAGGCCAUACAACUGUGACCAGUGUGGGAAAGCAUUUAACCGCGGUGAUGCACUCAAAACACAUAUGAGAAUCCACACAGGAGAAAGGCCAUACAGCUGUGACCAGUGUGAGAAGGCAUUUAAAGACUCGGGUAAACUCAAAGUACAUAUGAGAAUCCACACAGGAGAAAGGCCAUACAGCUGUGAUCAGUGUGGGAAGGCAUUUAAAGACUCGGGUACACUCAAAGUACAUAUGAGAAUCCACACAGGAGAAAGGCCAUACAGCUGUGACCAGUGUGAGAAGGCAUUUAAAGACUCGGGUACACUCAAAGUACAUAUGAGAAUCCACACGGGAGAAAGGCCAUACAGCUGUGACCAGUGUGGGAAGGAAUUUAAAGACUCGGGUGCACUCAAAGUACAUAUGAGAAUCCACACGGGAGAAAGGCCGUACAGCUGUGACCAGUGUGGGAAGGAAUUUAAAGACUCGCGUGCACUCAAAGUACAUAUGAGAAUCCACACGGGAGAAAGGCCAUACAGCUGUGACCAGUGUGGGAAGGAAUUUAAAGACUCGGGUGCACUCAAAGUACAUAUGAGAAUCCACACGGGAGAAAGGCCGUACAGCUGUGACCAGUGUGGUAAAGCAUUUAAAGUUUCCGAUAAACUUAAAGUACACAUGAGAAUCCACACAGGGGAGAAGUCAUUUGAAUGUGACCAGUGUGGUGAGCAAUUUAAAUAUUCUAAUGUCCUCCAUCAACAUAUGAGGAUUCACACAGGAGAAAAAACAUACGUAUGUGACCAGUGUGACAAAGCGUUCUCUUCUUCAUCCGGUCUGAAUAGACACAUGAGAAUUCACAAGUGUUUUAGACUGUAUGAGUGUGGUCAGUGUGAAAAGGCUUUUAAAACAUCGCAGCAACGCUCCAGUCACUACCGAACACACACAGGAGACAAACCAUACGACUGUGAAGAGAGUGGGAAGGCUUUAAGAUCUGUGAGGAACCGUCUGAACCAAGUUUCCAGACUGAAGAGAAAAGCAGCAGCUGUGACCAGUGUGGGAGGACCUGCUCAUCUGAAAGUGCACUGUCUUGAACACACUAAAGGAGACAGAGCUGCUGAGGCUGGAUCAUGUGAGGCUAAAGUCAGACUCAAAAAGCUGGAGAUCAGGCUUCAGAGACUCCAGACUGUGGAGUCGACCUCUGUGAUCAUCCUGUAUCAUCAGGUAAAAUUUGUCAAAAACUGGGUUCCGCUCACAAUGGCCGACUUCCUGCAGUGUUUAGGAACUACAGCACCCGAGAGAAUGAAGUUCACAUGUGACCAGUGUGGAAAGAUGUUGCCAUCUGCUUCCAAACUCAAAGUUCACUACAGAACUCACACAGGAGAGAAGCCAUUUAAAUGUGACCAGUGUGGGAAGGAAUUUCAACAAUCUGGUCACCUGGAUCGACACAUGAGAAUCCACACAGGAGAAAGGCCAUACAGCUGUGACCAGUGUGGGAAAGCAUUUAACCGCGUUGAUGCACUCAAAGCACAUAUGAGAAUCCACACGGGAGAAAGGCCAUACAGCUGUGACCUGUGUGGGAAGGAAUUUAAAGACCCGGGUACACUCAAAGUACAUAUGAGAAUCCACACAGGAGAAAGGCCAUACAGCUGUGACCAGUGUGGGAAGGAAUUUAAAGACUCGGGUACACUCAAAGUACAUAUGAGAAUCCACACGGGAGAAAGGCCAUACAGCUGUGACCAGUGUGGGAAGGAGUUUAAACAGGCUGGUCACCUGGAUCGACACAUGAUAAUCCACACGGGAGAAAGGCCAUACAGCUGUGACCAGUGUGGGAAGGAAUUUAAAAAGUCUUGUGCACUUAAAGCACAUAUGAGAAUCCACACAGGAGAAAAGCCAUACAGCUGUGACCAGUGUGGGAAGGAAUUUAAAGACUCGGGUACACUCAAAGUACAUAUGAGAAUCCACACGGGAGAAAGGCCGUACAGCUGUGACCAGUGUGGGAAAGAAUUUAAAUACUUGGGUACACUCAAAGUACAUAUGAGAAUCCACACUGGAGAAACACCAUACAGCUGUGACCAGUGUGGGAAGGAAUUUAAAGACUCGGGUGCACUCAAAGCACAUAUGAGAAUCCACACAGGAGAAAGACCGUACAGCUGUGACCAGUGUGGGCAUGGAUUUAAACAGGCAGGUACACUCAAAGUACAUAUGAGAAUCCACACGGGAGAAAGGCCGUACAGCUGUGACCAGUGUGGGAAGGAAUUUAAAUACUUGGGUGCACUUAAAGUACAUAUGAGAAUCCACACAGGGGAGAAGCCAUUUGAAUGUGACCAGUGUGGUAAGCAAUUAAAAUUUUCUACUAUCCUUCAUCAACAUAUGAGAAUUCAUACAGGAGAAAAACCAUACGUAUGUGACAAGUGUGAGAAUGCGUUCUCUUCUUUAUCCAGUCUGAAUAGACACAUGAGAAUUCACAAGUGUUUUAGACUGUAUGAGUGUGGUCAGUGUGAAAAGGCUUUUAAAACAUCGCAGCAACGCUCCAGUCACUACCGAACACACACAGGAGACAAACCAUACGACUGUGAAGAGAGUGGGAAGGCUUUAAGAUCUGUGAGGAACCGUCUGAACCAAGUUUCCAGACUGAAGAGAAAAGCAGCAGCUGUGACCAGUGUGGGAGGACCUGCUCAUCUGAAAGUGCACUGUCUUGAACACACUAAAGGAGACAGAGCUGCUGAGGCUGGAUCAUGUGAGGCUAAAGUCAGACUCAAAAAGCUGGAGAUCAGGCUUCAGAGACUCCAGACUGUGGAGUCGACCUCUGUGUAGAGUCAAAAA